AUGUAUUUAGGCAGUGUUCAAAAUAUUGAAGAUAAUUUUUUAUGUAAGGGAGAAUAUAAGCAAGUAUAUUUAUGUUUGAAUAAAAAUGGUAAUAAUGAUGUUAUAAAAAUAGACAUCAGUUAUGAUAAUAACAUUUAUGAUAUAUUACAAUUAGGUAGAGAAAAAUAUGGGGCUCAUGGAGAAUAUGUUACGGAUAGUUGUGGUAAUAUAAUACAAUCAAUUAGAGAUAUUAUAGAUGGUGAUACUCUGUAUUUAAAGGAAAAAAAAGACAAAUAUCAUUUUCUUUAUAAAAUGAAAAAUAUUUUAAUUGUAAAUGAUUAUAUAGUUGAAAAAAGGAUUGGUUCAGGUGGUUUUGGUAUAGUAUUUCAAGGUAUUCAUACUCAAACAAAACAAAAGGUUGCUUUAAAAUUUAUACCAAAAAGUAAUUUUUUAGAUGUAACAGAUGUUCAUAGAGUUUUUAUUGAGAUUCAAACAUUAAGAGGGUUAAUUCAUAAUAAUAUAAUUAAGAUGUAUGAUGUUAAUCAUUUUCAAAAUUAUGUAUGUUUAAUAAUGGAAUAUGCAGUUAAUGGGGAUUUAAAAAAUUACAUUUUAAAAAAUAAUGGAUAUUUAUCAGAAAAAGAGGCUCAUGAUUUAUUUCUUCAAAUUGUUAAAGGAGUGUAUUAUUGUCAUUCAAAACAUAUUGUUCAUAGAGAUUUAAAAUUAGAAAAUAUUUUAUUAGAUGAAAAUAUGACUUGUAAAAUUGCUGAUUUUGGAUUAUCAGAUUUUGUCAAUGUAGAUCAAAAUAUAAAAACAGAAGCAGGAACAAAAGCAUAUAUUGCUCCUGAAAUUAUUUUUAAUCAAACUAUUAAUUAUUCUGUUUUCAAGUUAGACAUUUGGAGUUUAGGCAUUUUGUUAUUUAUAAUGACUCAAGGAUUUGCACCUUUUCAAAAUUUUGAAAAAGGAUUAAAAUAUUUUGAAAGCAGCACUUUGAAAUAUGCUAAUGAUGUAUCAGAUGAUUUGAAAAAUUUAAUUUCUUUAAUGCUAAAUAUUGAUCCAAAUAAAAGACCAAUUAUUGUAGAAAUUUUAAAUCAUAAAUGGUUUUACAAUUAUAGUUGUACAUAA